AUGGCUGCAAUAGGUCCAGGAUUCUGCGCUGAUUGUUUCAAAGGUGUCCGUCAUGAGGGUGUCCCUAACGGGAGGAUUGAGCGCAUCGCUGGCGUGGAAUGCUAUGUCACCGAGCCACUGGGUACACAGUCACAAGAAAAGGCCAUACUCUACCUUACCGACGCAUAUGGCCACAGAUUCGUCAACAACCAGGUGCUCGCGGACGACUACGCGCGGAACGGCUUCCACGUCAUUAUGCCGGAUCUCUUCCAGAACGACGCUGUUCCCAGCUUCGUUCCUCCUGAUGCUUCAAUCAGCAAAGAGGAAUUUGACGUCGCGGCAUGGGUAGACAGGCAUCCGCCUGAGACUGUCCUGGGGGACGUAUCCGAAGUCAUCACGGCGCUUCAAGAGCGUGGUAUUAGGACGUUCGCAGGACUUGGCUACUGCUUCGGAGGGCGCAUUGCAAUCGAGCUCGCAUCCGUGGAAGUCAUAUCUGUUUGCAUCGUAUCUCAUCCGUCAUUCUGGAAAGUGCCCGAUGAUAUGGAGAAAUACCUUGCAGAGUCGAAGGCGCCCUUAUUGAUCAACAGCUGCGAAGUCGACGACAUGUUUCCGAAGGAGGCACAGGCAAAGGUCGACGCAAUCCUAGGCGGUGGGAGAUUCAGACCCGGUUAUGAACGGACGUAUUGGGAAGGUUGCGUGCACGGAUUCGCUGUACGCGGGGAUAUGAGCAAUCCGAGCGUGAGAGCUGGAAAGGAAGGCGCCUUCAAGGCCAGCGUCGAAUUCCUCCGAAAGCAUCUCUGA